ACAACUGUUCUUCUUGUGUUAUAAAUUUCAUAUAAUAUAUCACUUUUAGUAAGCCUUAAAAUUAGUGUCACUUUGUGCAUUUUUGUGUGCGUAUUUUAAAGAUUUUUCCAUUAAGGUGUUCUUUUAUACAUAUAAAAAUUUGGAAAAGUUUUCUGGGUGUUUGAUAAUAUAUGGUAUGAUGGUUAUGGGAAAAAUAUUUAAGGAUUCACUUAAAGCUCUUGAAGCUGAUAUUCAACAUGCUAAUACUUUAGCUUUGAGUUCAUCUCGGGAUCAUGAUGGAGCCUGCCUACAAAUGAGACUAUCUUUUAGUCCUGCUGUAGACUUGUUCUCGUUUCUUUUUCCGUGGACGGAUUGUAAAAUUGCAGGAGCUCUCGGGUUACUUCGAAUUUUCAUUUAUAUGACAUUUGCUGAUGGCAAAACUACUAUGUGUCUUCAAGAAAGGAAAGCAAGCAUCAAACAGUUUUACGAUAUUCUAUUUCCUUCUAUAUUGCAACUCCAAAGUGGGCUAACAGAUUUAGAAGAGAGAAAACAGAGAGAAAUAUGCUCUAAAAGAUACCUAAGUAAUGACAGUUCCGACAAGGGAAAGUUCUCGGAUGUUGAUGUUGAAAGAGAAACCGAAUGUGGGAUUUGCUUGGAAACGUGUAGCAAAGUGGUAUUACCGAAUUGCAGCCAUUCUUUAUGCUUGAAAUGUUUUCGGGAUUGGCAUGGGAGAUCACGGUCAUGCCCGUUCUGUAGGGAUAGUCUGAAAGAAAUGAAUGUAGACGACCUCUGGAUGUGCAUUGAAGCUGGUGAAAUAGUUGAUAUGAGUGUAAUCGUAAAGGAAAACAAGAAGAGGUUGUUUGUGUACAUAGAGAAGUUGCCCCUUAUAAUUCCCGGUGGCUUAUCUGAUCACAAGGAUUAUCAUCAGAUAUAGGAGACAUAAAGAUUAGUGUAUAAGGUGUACAUGAUUUUACAAAUUUGGAUGUUUUAGAGGUGUAAAUCUUUGUUUGAUUCCCUGUUUCCUUAGCUAUAUGGGAUUCCAACAGUUAUUUCUUGAUUGUUUGUGAAUUCAGAGCGAUUUAGCUGCAGUGGUGUAUAUUUUAUGAAAUGAUAGUGGAACAUUGUUAUGGA